AUGUCCGCCUCCGCGUCGGACGCGUCCACCGCCGCCGCCACGUCGCUCCGGCCAAUGAGAGGCCGCCACUUCACCUUCCCCGCCGCCUCAGCCAACCAGUGCCCGCCACCUCACCCGCGCCCCGCGCCCACUUCGCCCGCGGCCCGCCGCCGGCCCCCCGCGGCCCGGUUCUCCGAGCCGCCGCCACCCGCGGGCGCUGCCCCGCGCGCCUCCCCGCACCCCGCCGCCGGCGAGCGUCGCCGGUGCCCCGCCGGCGCCCUCCGCCGCCAUCGCGUCCGCCGCCCGUCGCCACCAACCCCGCCGCCAGGGCGCCCCGCCUCCCGCUCCUUCCCCGAGCGCCCCGCCGCCGCCCUCCGUCGUCCCGCCGGCGAGCUCGCCGCCCCUCCGCCAGUCGUCUACGCCGCCGGCGGCCCGCGCCGGCUGUCCCUCGCCGCCCUCCACCGCCGAACGUCGUCACCGCGCCGCCCCCGCGCCGGAUCCGGCGAGAUCCGGCUGGAUCCCGCGCCUCCCCGGCGUCCUCAACCCCCGCCGGCCGCCACCGUCAACAACUCCGGCGAGGUCCGUGGAUCGGGAUCAGAUCCACCACCUCGCCAAUCCAAACGCCUCCCCGCGCCCGGAUCUCUCCGUCCCCGUCCACUUUUCUGCGAGGUGGUUAUUUUCGUCUCAGUCCCAGAUUUUCUAUGUUAA